GAUCUUUACGCCAAAGUCAAUCGACGAUUCCGAGCGUGCUCAGAAGAGACUCGUCGUUUCUGGUGGUGUCAGUGCCUGCAGAGACCAUCGCCCCGUUGACAGAGCUCUUGAAGCUACUGAUGAACUUGGAGGAGGAGUUAUUUCGUGCGUGUCCUCAGCAUGGUCUUCAUUCUUUGAAGAGCUUGGAGGGCUGUUGCUUCAUCUCUGAAGCGUCUGGCGUGGUCAGCGGGCAAAGCUGGCUGUGGGCUGAUGAUGAAGAAACCGUCGAGGUCUUCGACGAGCUGGCGAACAUCUUGCUCCAACACCUGCCACGACGCGAGGAGAUGAGGCUCUACACGGCAUCUUUCACGGUGAUCCAACACGCGGUGGAGGAUGAGGACUCCAAGUGGCACGUGGAUUGGCAUGGCAUUCCGGAAGGUUUGUGCUGGACGUUGCUUGUUCCCAUUUGGCCAAGUGUCCCCGAAGAUUGGCGCAGCAUGGGCGGCACCCAGCUUUGUCGGCACCGUGACCAUCGUCAGAUGCUGUGGAGUGCGGGGAAGACGGUGCCGGGCAGCCUGAGAGACUUGCUGGUGGAGGCAGCGCUGCCUCCAGAGGACUUUGAGGUCAUUGAACAUUGUUAUCGGCCCUGCGAAUGUCUCCUCUUCGAGGGCAACGUGCUCCAUCGCACAGGGCCCUAUUCGAAACCAUCGCAUGGUCCACGAGUUCUGGCGUCACUGAUGGUUGGCCCCAAAGACCCUGAACACUUCCCAGCCGUGGACCGCAGCCUGCGGAAACAGGGCGCUUGUUUCCUUCGCGACAACGCUGGAAAAAACAAUGAUGGUGGAGACAGGGCUGAGCGACUCGUGGAGCUGCAAACCGAGGAAAAACAAACGGCAGACGUUGAUGCAGUGGAACUUGGGGCACCAAUGGCCCCAGAAAAGGCGUUGCUGUCUGCCGGCACAAGCAGCGCUGUGGCUCUCUCCGUCCCAGGGCAUGUUUUGGAGAUCCCCAAAGGAGAACUGUUGAACGAUAGCAGGAGCUGGACUCUCGCCGACGCUGCUCGAACUCCAGCUCUGAAUGACUCCGGUUUGGUAGGGGAAGAGGGCCUGGAGCAGGUGCGAUGGGAGAAGCCAGCAUCCUGUGACACGACGGAGUCACAGAAGCUUUCCAAGCGGGCUACCCCGCGUUGA